AAAAGAGCAAAUAAAAAAUCACGAAAAGUUAGCGACGGAACUAGUUAGUGGUAAUUGUUGCAAUCAGGAGAUGCUCCUAGAAAAAACCGAAGAAAACAAUAGAGUUAAUCUGAAAUACACUUGCCCCAAAUGUAACAGAACUGUUCCUUGGAACGAAAUAAAGCCAAAAGAAACAAUAACCUUAACUAUAAAACAGCGUGAAAAACUGUUCUACUAUCUUGGAAGUAUUGAAGAAAUACUUUACAAAGCGGAAGAUGAUGAGAAUAGAUAG